AUGGCUGCCCAUCCUACACAAAUGCACAACCUAACGACCCUCAUCAAGAGGCUCGAGGCCGCAACGUCUCGUCUCGAAGAUAUUGCUUCAAUCCCAAGCUACGCGGCGUCCAGCAGUACCACGCAGCAGAUCCAGAGCACUGAGAGUGCAGCAUCGACAAUCAGGAACGUCCCACUGCCGCAGCCCCCCGUUGUCCAAGAGGAGCUUCCUCCGAACGUUGAGGAGUUUGAUGAGCUUAUUGCGGGCCCUGUAGCGACAUAUGUUGAGAAGAGUAAAGCUCUUGACCAGUCGCUUAUCAUUGAGCAGAGCAAAGCUGUCGAAAAGUGCUUCGCCGCACAACGCAAAUUCCUCCUGAUCACGACCAAAGCGCGCAAGCCUGAGGGGUCCACGCAGUUCAUGGACCUCCUGACAUCGAUGCAGCGCGAAUGGGCAAACGCCUCCAACAUUUGCGAGUCCAACCGCGCCUCGCGUCACAUCACCUAUCUCCAGACCAUCAGCGAGGGCAUCACCAGUCUCACCUGGGUUGCAACCGACAUGGCCCCCCCAAAACACAUUGGAGAGACCCUCGGUGGAGCGCAGUUUUGGGGAAACCGCAUCCUGACGACGAAGGAGCCUGCGGGCGUCGAGUGGGUGCGCUCCAUCUAUAACUGGAUCACCGCGUUGCAGGCGUACACGAAGAAGUGGUAUCCUGCAGGACUGACAUGGAACGCUAAAGGGAUUGAUGCAAGGGAGGCCCUGUUGGCUCUGGACGGUGCUUCCAGUUCUAAUGCUUUCGGGUUCUCGGGCGGGGCGCCACCCCCACCUCCUCCGCCACUACCGAAUUUGGCGGCACUGGAUGGGAGCAGCUCACCCAAGGCAGACCCUGUCAGCUCGGUGUUUGCGGCGAUCAACCGCGGUGCAGAUGUCACGGCGGGCUUGAGGAAGGUGAGCAAGGAGGACAUGACGCACAAGAACCCGUCGCUGCGCGCCAGUUCUGUGGUUCCUGCCGCGAGGCCGGGGUCCUCAGGAAGCCUGCGCGGGAAGUCCCCAGCGCCGCCGACGAGAGCGAAGCCAGCAGGGCUGACGAUGAAGAAGCCACCAAAGAAGGAGUUGGAUGGGAACAAGUGGAUGAUUGAAAACUACGAAAAUGAAAGCGCUCUCGUCCUCGAGGACGUCGAAAUCAACCAAUCCGUCUUUAUCUUCCGCUGUAAAAAUACCGUGAUUCAGAUCAACGGCAAGAUUAAUGCUGUGUCCAUCAACGAGUGCACCAAGACGGGUGUGAUCGUUGAUAACCUCGUGUCCUCGAUCGACAUCAUCAAGUCCAACUCGUUCUCGCUCCAGAUCAACGGCAGCGCGCCUACGGUCCAGGUCGACCAGUGCGACGGCGGCACGAUAUACCUGAGCAAGACCAACCCCGACAUUGAGGUGUUGACGAGUAAGAGCACCGCAAUCAACAUCGACAUCCCGCACGCGGCAGAGGGGAGCGAGGAGUGGGACUAUGUGGAGAAGCCCGUGCCAGAGCAGUUGAGGCACACGGUGAAGGGCGGGCUGUUGAAGAGCGAGAUUGUCGAGCAUGCGGGUUGA